GAUUGCUGUGUGCAGUACCGUCUUUCAAAAUGAGGUUUCUUGUGAUAUUGUCCGCCCUAGUUGCACUGUGUGCUGGUCACGCCAUCCCCACCAUACCAGGAGACAACAGUCACUAUGUAGAGGGGGAGAGCCGCUACGUGUGGAUACCCGACGGUGAGGGAGUACCCCGCCUUGUUGAUCUUGAAGAACCAGCGGAUGAAAGUUUCUCGGACGCUAGGAAUGGGGCUAACAACGAGUACUGGCUUUUUACCAGACGUAAUCCAAACAAUCACCAACUUCUGAGAAUCAACGACAACGACUCCGUGAGGAACUCUAACUACAACAGGGACCGCCCUCUUACGGUUGUUGUUCACGGAUGGAACGGCAAUGGAACCUCCGCACGUCUUGCCGUUGAUGCCUUGCUACACGAGGGUGACAAUAACGUUAUUUCACUAGAUUGGAGCAUAGUAGCUAGUGGUCCUUACACCAAUGUUGUUAGAAAUGUGCCCAGCGUGGGCCAACAUCUUGGCAACUUCGUGCAGUGGUUAAUCAACAAUCACGGGGGCAAUUGGAAUAACGUACACUUAAUUGGCGCUAGUUUGGGUGCUCACGUUAUUGGCAAUGCAGGACGUACCGUUCGUGGCCGUAUUGCGCGCAUUUCAGGUCUAGAUCCAGCUGGCCCCCAAUGGAGCGAUAGCUCCAAUGCCUUGAACCGGAAUGAUGCCGUAUAUGUCGAGUGCAUUCACACCGAUGGUGGUCUCUUGGGUAUAUUCGACCCGAUCGGUGACGCUAAUUUCUAUCCCAAUGGUGGUACCAACCGCCAACCUGGUUGCUCUCUCAGCAACUGCUCCCACGUCCGUGCAUAUGAACUGUUUGCAGCUAGUGUAAUAUACAAUAAUUUCAUUGGAAGACGAUGCGCCGAUCUGAACGAGGCACGCAACAAUAACUGCACUGGAGCUAACUUCCUUAUGGGCAACACUGACUUUAGUAAGCGAGGAAGUGGACUUUACGGCCUUUCAACUGGUUCCGAAUGGCCUUUCUAAAAAAUAAUUUAUGCUGGAAUUUGGGGCCAUAGUGAAAGGAGAAUAUGAUAAUAAAUUAAAAAUGAUAAAACAAUGACAAUUUUAAUUUUCAUAUUUCCAAAUAAAUUAUUA